AUGGUUGACUGUGGACCCUCCUGUGCUGUGCCCUCUUGCGCCUCCGCCCCAGUGGUUGGCUUCGGAUCAGCUGGUUCCAAAGGCCUUGGCUGCGGACCUCUUGGCUAUGGCAAUCUCAGUUAUGGCGGUCUCGGCUAUGCAGGUCUCGGCUAUGGCAGUCUCGGCUAUGGCGGUCUUGGCUCUGGUUUGGGCUACGGCCUCGGAGCUGGCGCCUUGGCCGAGAGCUCCGGAAGCCUGGGCACCCUGGCCGGAGUCAUCCCCAAUUGCAUCAACCAGGUCCCACCAUCCGAGGUGACCAUCAAGCCCCCUGCAGUCGUGGUCACCAUCCCCGGCCCCAUCCUGUCCGCCAGCUGUGAGCCCGUGGCUGUCGGAGGCAACACCCCAUGCGCCCCCGGAGGUAUCGGAGGUACCGGAGGCUUCGGAGGCUACGGACGCGUCGGUGGCGUCUACGGAGGCCGCCUGGGACGUCUCGGUCGCCGUGGCAGCCUCUGUAACCUUCCCUGUUAA